UAGUAUUAAUCUUAAUAUUGUAUUAAUCUUAAUACUUUUCUUUUCAUUACAUGUUUACAUCUAUAAAAACAAAAACAGCUGAUGCAGUAUAUAAAGUAUUGAUACUUGACGUAUAUUGUUAAACUAUGCAAUACAUCAUAUAAAAAUAAAAUAUAAAUAUGUUUGUAUAUAUAUAAUAUUAUAUAUACAUAUAAAAACUAGAAAAUUUUAAGUUUCAUAAUGUUUUUUUUAUUAAUAAAACUCAUCUUUACAUUGCACAUAAUAAAUACUAAUUUAACAUCAAAUAUCACACAUAUUUAUGUUUGAUGAUCAUUUCAAUACAUGUCAUUCUUAUACUCUAUAGAUCGCACCAUUGAUUAGACAAAAAGAAGAGGUUCAAGUGCAAUGUUAUUCGAGUUUGCAUACUGACGCGAUGUAAAGAUACUUAUACGGAAAAGUAUAUGUCAGUAGUUUUUAUUUUUAUUAUAUAUCUAAAAGAUCAUAUUCUACGACUAAUAUUGGACAGAUUUAUUUGUAAAUGUAUAUUUAGUUAAAGUAAUGAAUAAUGAAUAUAUUUAUCAUAUUUCAACUUGUAAAUCUUAACGUGAUAUGAACGUGUGAUAUAGUAGAUUACAAAAAUGUAUUGUGCAUUAGGAAGAUGGUAAACAAAUAUACAUUUUUUUGCAGAAAAAAUGCAGUAAGAGCUUUAAGUACAGGUGAAAUAUCCACUGCACUCCGACCUUUUUAUUUUACUGUUCAUCCUGAUCUUUUUGGACAAUAUCCUACACAAAGAACAGUAAAUGAAAAUUCUUUAAAACAGUUAAGUUCUAUUAUAGAAAGUUUACAACAGCAAAGACCAAUAAGACCUACUACUUUACCAUUCUACUUACGUUCAAAAAAUGAAGAAGAACUUAAAGCUGGAAAAUUUACUUUAGUACAGAUACAAUUAAAAGAAAAGGAUAUACGACAAACUAUACUCUCUAUUUUAAAAACAUGUGAUUUGCCAACAACAUUUGUAGAUCAAAUUGAAGAACAAAAACCAACUGAUAGUACAAAAUAUAAAUCAAAAUUCUGGCAAAGAAAAGGAGUUGGAGAAGAUAUAGAUUUUUCAGAACUAGAAGAUAAUCCUAUUUAUGCAUCUAUUUUAAUGAAAAGAAAAAUUAAUUCAGAACCUGAUACUCUUAAAGCAUAUUUAGAUAAACACAUUAAUGAAGUACAUGUAAAAUUAGAAGCAUGUAGGCCAAUAAGAGAGGAAGUACAAAAAUUAGAAAAGAUAUUAUGCUCUGAAUUAGGUUUAAAAAAUAUCAUAUGGGAUUGUGGUUGGAAUAUAGCUCAUUACAGAGGAUGUUUAUUAGCUUUUAAAGCAUUAUCUGAACAUCAUCCUAAAUCAAUGGAAGUACUCAAAAAUAGGACACUUGUUUUUGCCAAUGAUACAGGUAUUAGUGUAGAAGGAAAUGUUAUGUUAAAUUCAGGUGAAGUUAGGCACAAUUGGCUUGAUUUAAUUAAAAAUAUUCAAAAAUACGAUGUAGUAUUAUUGAGAUUACCAGCUUUUGAGAAGGCAGUUUCACAAGUGCUUCUUAACAUUAAAGUGGGUCGACGGGUACUCUAUAUGUGCAGGAAAUUCAUGCCGAAAGUAAUGGUUAGCCAGUAUGAACAACAACUACAACAACUUAUCACUACUCUCUCAGAUUAUCGAGGUCGACGAAAUUAUCCAAAAGUGUGGCCAACCGAUUUGUCAACGUAUGAAAUUGUAAUUGAGACUGAAGCAGGUCCUUUAAUGCUCUCUCCUACUGGACAAUUUAUUGUUCCAUCUUCUUGCCCAAGUUUUCUCUUAGUAAAUUUUAUUACUGAUAAUUUAGAAGAAGCUACUAAAAGAUUACAUCAUUAUAACAACAUAAAAUAUGUAGAACGUGAACUUCAUAAUAAAGUUGUCCAGGAAUUGGGUUUGACUAUUCUAAAUAAGGAUGAUAGUAUCACUCCUGAUUUGAUGAUACAAUGUUGUGAACGUUUAUUAUUACAUAAAAAUACUUUGGCUCCUUUGCUAAAAGAUGUUAUGUUAUGGGUGACACAUUAUUACUCAAUUAUGAGUGAUGGUGUAUUAUGUAUACCAUGGGAUUGGAAACUUUGAAUUACAAUGUAAAAUAUUUUUAAAUAUUUUCUUUGCAGUUCUUUAUCUUUAUAUCAAUUCAUAGAAUUGUGUUACGAAAUUAUAUGAAUGAAUUAUAUGAAAUUAUAUUAUGAUUAAUUAAUAAUGAUUAUUAGAUAUAAUUUUGUUAUAUAUAUGAUAACAAAAUUAUAAAUAUACAUAAGGUAAAAAAUUAAUUUAGAAAACUGCAUAAAGCAAAUAAUUUUUAUUAUGCUUUAUAAAAUGCAGUUAGUACUAUGAAUUUCUUUAUAAUUUAUAUGUAAUUUGCAUGUUGAAUAUAAUUAUUAUUGUUAUUAUUGUAUUUUAACAAAAAAUGUGAAAAAAAUUUUUUGUAAAAUCAUAUAAUAUAAAUAACGCAUAUAGAAAAAUAAAAAAAUUAUAAAAUUUUUAAA